UCCCGGGAGGUGAUUGCGGCUAUACACAUGGGCAGGGGAGGGGUGCGGCUUCCUCUGGACUGUUGGGGACCCUUCGCUUUCCUGCCGCAGACCGGACGUGCUGCAUGAAUUUGGUGUCCCUUCAGCGGCAGCUUCCGUGACCUCCAUUCCACCCGGUUCUACCUUCAGCCUUAUGCCUGCUCCAGGAGUCCCGUGACAGCUUCCUGCUGCCAGUGCCCUGUUGUUCGGACAAAUCGACUUCAUUCUCACGGGAUGGCAGCUCUUGGUCUGUCUCCCACAUGUGCUGUGUCUACCCAGGACCCUGCCUAUAUCCAGGAGUCAGAAGUUUCUCCUUCUUCAAAAGACCAUUCCUGUUCUCAGGAUGUGGACCUGUUUGCUUGCAGUGGCCUAGAACCCCCUAUGCUGGCAGGUGUUGGUUCUCAGGAGUCAGUGACUUUCCAGGAUGUUGCUGUGGACUUCACUGAGAAGGAGUGGCCUUUGCUGGAUUCUUCUCAGAGAAAACUGUACAAAGAUGUGAUGUUGGAGAACUACAGCAACCUCGCCUCAGUGGGGUAUCAGGUGGGCAAACCCAGCCUCAUCUCCCACUUGGAGCAAGAAGAGGAGCUGAGGACAGAGGAGAGGGCACUUCACCAAGCCACAUCUCCCGAUUGGGAGACUCCAUCUAAAAGCAAAUGGUCCAUUCUCAUGGAAGGCAUUUUUGGGAAGGAAACAUCCAGUGGUGUGACAGUGGAAAGAACACGUCUCGGAGAGAAAUCCACCGAGUACACUCACCUGUUUGAAGUCUUCAGCAUGGGCACUCAUCUUACUCAGCAGAUGGGAAGGCACGCUGGCAAGAGGCCCUAUCACCGCCGGGACUGUGGGGCAGCUUUCAAGAACAGGUCACAUCUCGCCCAACAUGUGAGCAUUUACAAUGGGAGGAAAAUGCAUGAAUGUCACCAGUGCCAAAAAGCUUUCACCACGAGCGCGUCCCUUACGCGGCACAGGAGAAUACACACAGGGGAGAAGCCCUACGAAUGCAGUGCCUGUGGGAAAGCCUUCAACGAUCCCUCCGCCCUCAGGAGUCACGCAAGAACUCACCUCACAGAGAAGCCCUUUGACUGCAGUCAGUGUGGAAAUGCCUUCCGAACCCUCUCCUCACUGAAGAUACAUAUGAGAGUUCACACUGGGGAGAGACCUUACAAGUGUGACGAGUGUGGGAAGGCGUAUGGCAGGAGCUGCCACCUCAUUGCACACAAACGAACACACACCGGAGAGAGACCCUACGCAUGCCACGACUGUGGGAAGGCGUUCCAGCAUCCCUCCCAUCUCAAAGAGCAUGUCCGCAAUCACACCGGAGAGAAACCCUAUGAAUGCACACAGUGUGGAAAAGCCUUCCGAUGGAAGUCGAACUUCAACUUGCACAAGAAGAACCACAUGGUAGAGAAAACAUACGAAUGUAAAGAAUGUGGGAAAUCCUUUGGUGAUCUCUUGUCACGGAGAAAACACAUGAGAAUUCAUAUUGUAAAAAAACCCAUUGAAUGUAGACAGUGUGGGAAAGCGUUCCGGAACCAAUCCAUCCUUAAGACACACAUGAAUUCUCACACUGGAGAGAAACCCUAUGGGUGUGAUCUGUGUGGGAAAGCCUUCAGUGCGAGCUCAAACCUGACCACACACAGGAAAAUCCACACUCAAGAGAGACGCUAUGAAUGUGCCGCCUGUGGGAAAGUGUUUGGGGACUAUUUAUCCCGGAGGAGGCACAUGAGCAUUCAUCUGGUAAAGAAACGUGUUGAAUGUAGGCAGUGUGGGAAAGCCUUCAGAAACCAGUCGACCCUCAAGACACACAUGAGAAGUCACACAGGAGAGAAGCCGUACGAGUGCGAUCAUUGCGGGAAAGCCUUCAGCAUCGGCUCCAACCUUAAUGUGCACAGAAGGAUACACACUGGGGAGAAGCCCUACGAAUGCCUGGCCUGUGGGAAAGCCUUCAGUGACCAUUCAUCCCUUCGGAGCCAUGUGAAAACUCACCGGGGAGAGAAGCUCUUCGUGUCAUCCGUGUGGAAGAGGCUCCAGUGAUGGGUCUCCUUUAGGGGAAGCACGAGAGCUCAGACUGGGAGACAGCCUCGUUGGUGUAAGGAAGGCAGGAGCACUUUGAUGCACUCACCUGGGCA